AUGGCUUUUAAAGACACCGGGAAGACACCCGUGGAACCGGAGGUGGCGAUUCACCGAAUUAGAAUUACUCUCACUAGCCGCAACGUAAAAUCUUUGGAAAAGGUAUGUGCUGACUUGAUCAGAGGUGCAAAGGAAAAGAAUCUCCAAGUGAAAGGACCAGUUCGGAUGCCUACCAACACUCUGAGAAUCACUACAAGAAAAACUCCUUGUGGUGAAGGUUCUAAAACUUGGGAUCGUUUUCAGAUGAGGAUCCACAAGCGACUCAUUGAUUCGCACAGUCCUUCUGAGAUUGUUAAACAGAUUACUUCCAUCAGUAUUGAGCCAGGAGUUGAGGUUGAAGUCACCAUUGCAGAUGCUUAAAUCAACCUUUUUAAUAAAUUGAUUAUCAG